UCUAGUUAUGCUGAAGACAACUGUCUAAAAAAAAGUUAUGCUGAAGACAAGGAAGAUAAUUUGCUAGCAGAAAAUAAAGUCCACACAUUAACAUUUUAACUCAUGUUCCAAGCAUGUCAUAAAAAAGUGUAAACACACCCAUAUAUUAACAGAUUACACGAUUUUUUUUUUAAGAAAUGGAACAAGAGGAACCAAUCUUCCUUCGAUUUCCUGCCUAUGGAAGGAGCGACUACAUGUUGAGCAUGCAAGGAGGAGGAGGUCGCAGCCGUGGUGAGCCCUGCCGACUGUCAUUGCUCGCAGAAGAUCCGUCUCCAAAGCACCGCCGUGGCCGAUCCGCGGCCAAGGCCGCAUCAGGAAGAAAACCUACUCUCGGCACCCAUCUUGUUCCUCUCGACAAUUUGCCCAUGUGCAGAGGAGCAGCAGAGCCACGAAGGUGGACAGGAAGACUGGCGGCGCACCUCAUCCAACGACAGCUCUGCGUGGCAAUCUGUAGAAACCGCGUCUGAGCGACACGCGGCACGCAUAGUUUGAUCAAGUGGAUACCGUUGCUUCAUGUUCAUGACACGUUCGGGCCCCACAACACGUCCUCAGUCUGAACAGCGGGAUCCACUUCAAGAAAAACCCUACUACCAUAGUGCUCAGGCUGCAAGUGGGACUGAACUUGGGCGUCCCACCACGAUCCACUUAUUUCCUCCAAUGUUUGGUGGGUGAUAACUAACAACCCAAUAAAUAUUAGAUGGAUUAUCUGGACAUAAGUAGGAUCCCACUAAACAAACAUACAAAUGAUGGCUCCUCUUCGCUGAAUCACACUUCGUACAUAGCCCAAGCAAGCAGAGGACUGGACGAGAUCAAGCAACAUGUUCCGUGCGAUGCAGGUCAUCCUCAGUUGCAGUGGGGAGAGCCGUCGUGCUGCGCCCCGGUGGUGGCUGGCCUCAUCGGCCAAUGCGGCUACUCCACUGCCUUGAGCUCCCAGAGGUUGGCCAGGAAGGUGGCCGUGAUCACCGGCGCCGCUAGCGGCAUUGGCAAGGCGACAAUGGUGGAGUUCGUCAGGAACGGCGCCAAGGUCGUCCUCGCAGACGUCCAGGACGAUCUGGGCCGUGCCCUGGCGGCUGAGCUCUGCGCCGACUCCACGUCGUACAGCCGCUGCGACGUCAACGACGAGGCGCAGGUCGCCGCGGUGAUCGACCUUGAUGUGGCCUGCCACGGCAAGCUGGACAUCAUGCUCAACAACACCGGCAUCAUGGGCUCGUUGGCGCAGCCCGAGCUGGGCGCGCUUGACCUCGCGGACUUCGACGCCGUCAUAGCGAUCAACAACUGGGCGUCAUGGCCGGGGUCAAGCACGUGGCCUGCGCCAUGGCGCCGCGCCGCACGGGCAGUAUCAUCUGCACGGCCAGCAUCGCCGCUGGAGCAGCGAGCCAUGCCCUGCGUCGCCAAUGGUUUGUCUUUUUUUCUGGAGAAGACAGUGUACACGAGGAUACGUUGGUGGCGAGGUGGGUUCCCGGUGGGCUAAACGGGAUAGUCCACUUAAUUAUUUUGUUGUCCCACGGGUGCCCACCAAGGUGAUUAAGUGGGAUGGGCUGACAAGACACUUUCAUGAGAGAUGAGUAUCAUGGACUUUUGAUCAUGAUGUUGUUUUCUUGUAUGCUACUUCUCUGUACCUACAUUUUGGUACAGAGGUAGUAAAUUAUUAAAAAGUAAAGAAGCAAA